AUGGAGGACAAAAAAACAUGGAGUCCUGAAUCGUCGUCAAACCCUUCCGCAUAUGAGGCCGACAUGGGAAAUGUGCGACGCCCAUUCACCCGCCGGCUCACCGAGUCCUUCCGGCGAGAUCCCCACGCAAGUGUCACUCGGUCGGCAUCGUUCAGCGCAGCUGGCGGGAAGGGAUACGAUGCUGAAGCGGCAGCGCAGGCGACGGCAAUGUCGCCACUGUUGAGGCGGUUGAAAGGACGACAUCUACAAAUGAUAGCAAUAGGCGGGAGCAUCGGCACAGGUCUUUUUGUGGGCAGCGGGAAAGCGCUGGCAUAUGGCGGGCCUGCCUCGUUGCUGCUGUCAUUUGCUUUGACGGGGUGCAUGUUGUACUGCACAGUACAGGCGCUGGGAGAACUGGCCGUCCUGUUCCCAGUCGCCGGGUCGUUCGCUUCAUACUCUACGAGAUUCCUGGACCCUGCCUGGGGCUUCGCCAUGGGCUGGAACUACGCUUUGAAUUGGUUGACGGUGUUACCCUUGGAGAUCGUGAGCGCUUCAAUUACUGUGGAUUACUGGGUAUGGGUCAUGCCGGGCGGCGAUCGAUAUUUGGUUGACGGAAACGAGCAGGUUCAAAAUAUUUCUCUGAAUGCCGCUUGGGUUUCAAUAUUUCUGGUAUUGAUUGUUCUGAUCAACUUCUUUGGUGUGAAAGGGUAUGGAGAAGCAGAGUUUGUAUUUGCGAUUGUCAAGGUCACUGCCGUGAUCGGAUACAUUCUUCUGGGAGUCCUCAUCAAUGUUAUGGGCGGCGUCGACAGUCUUGGAAAUCCCGACGCAAGUUACAUGGGCUUCCGCCUAUGGCACCAUCCAGGAGCGUUCCACAACGGCUUCAAGGGCCUGUGCAGCACCUUUGUGACAGCAGCAUUUGCUUUCGCCGGCACCGAGCUGGUUGGUCUCGCUGCGGCAGAGACUGAAAACCCAAGGAAAGCGUUACCUACUGCUAUCAAACAGGUAUUCUGGCGUAUUACACUCUUCUAUGUUGUCAGCUUGCUUCUUGUGGGCACGUUGGUGCCAUACACUGAUCCUCGCCUGCUCAAUGGCAAGAACAGUGCCGAUGCAAAAGCCUCCCCAUUCGUCAUCUCGAUCCAGAACGCCGGCAUCGAAGUCCUCCCGUCCGUCAUGAAUGUUGUCAUUAUGAUCUCGGUUCUCUCCGUCGGGAAUUCUUCAAUUUACGGAUCCUCGCGCACCCUUGCUGCUCUGGCAGAACAAUGUCAGGCACCCGCCUUUCUCGCCUACAUUGACCGCAAGGGUCGUCCCUUGUAUGCUAUCAUCGUCGCCUCGGUGCUGGGACUGCUGGCAUACCUGGCGGCGACACAGAAGCAGCAGGACGCGUUCAAUUGGAUGCUCGCGCUCUCGGGCCUCAGCUCCAUCUUCACCUGGAGCUCCAUCUGCCUCGCGCACAUCCGCUUCCGCCACGCCUGGACUCUACAGGGCCAUUCGCUGGACGAACUCGCAUUCCGGUCCCCCGUGGGCAUCGUCGGGUCCUGGGUCGGCCUCACCUUCAACAUCCUCGUCCUGAUCGCGCAGUUCUGGACCGGCUUCGCCCCCGUCGGGUACCAGCACAUGUCCAUCUCCGACCGCAUCGUGAAUUUCUUCCAGGCCUACCUGGCCGCCCCCGUCGUCGUGUUGAUGUACAUCGGCUACAAGAUCUACAUGAAGACGGACAUUCUGCGAGCAAGGGACAUGGACCUCUUCACGGGCAAGAGGGAGUUCAAUGUCCGCGUGCUGGUACAGGAGGAGCGGGCCGACCGCAAGAGAUGGCCGCGGUGGAAGAGAGUAUACAAGUUUCUCUGCUGA